AUGGCAGCAAGUACGAAACAACGGAAUGGUUUUGUUAAGACUACUAUUGCAAUGGCUACUGCGUCUUCAAGUCGCACAACUCCUGCACCGGCGAUGGCACCGACAGAAAAGCCCGGAAAGUUUUCCGACGUGGACUUUAAGCGUUGGCAGCAGAAAAUGUACUUCUACCUGACCACAUUUAGUUUACAGCACUUUAUCAGCGAGGACGUUCCAGUUCUAGGAGAGGAAACUCCUGAAAAUGAGCGAUUUGUGAUCACGGAGGCAUGGAAGAAUUCUGACUUCUUGUGCAGAAACUAUAUUUUAAGUUGCUUGAAAGAUGGCUUGUAUAAUGUUUAUAGCGUCAUGAAAACAUCAAGAGAAUUGUGGAAUGCUCUUGAAAAGAAGUACAAGACUGAAGAUGCUGGACAUAAGAAGUAUUUGGCCGCUAAAUUUCUAGAUUUUAAAAUGGUUGACGGCAAAUCUGUCAUAACGCAAGUCCAAGAAUUGCAAGUUAUUAUUCAUGAUCUUCUUGCUGAAGGUAUUGCCAUAAAUGAAGUAUUUCAAGUUGCGGCAUUUAUUGAAAAACUGCCUCCGCUGUGGAAGGACUUUAAGAAUUACUUGAAACAUAAGCGCAAGGAGAUGACGCUUGAAGACCUUAUUGUUCGUCUACGGAUUGAAGAGGACAACAAGGCUGCUGAGAAGAAGUCCUGUGGUAACUCUACAAUAAUGGGAGCAAAUAUUAUUGAGGAAGCCUCUACAAGCAAUAGAAAGAGAAAGAAGUCGUCUGGUCCAAAGAAUUACCCGAGCAAGAAGACGUCAAAGGUAAUUGCUAUAACUGUGGAAAGCUUGGUAGGAAAUCCCAAGGAGUGGUGGAUUGAUUCUGGAGCCACUCAUCAUUUUUGUGCUAACAAAGAGUAA